CUGUAAAACCUCAUUAGGGAAGCAGAUCACAUCUGAAACUGGCUUGUUUGUUUUCCUAUUGCUAGACCUGUCCACUUUCUUUUGUUUGUGUGGACGGUUAGGUUACAUUUCAUCUUCCCUGUCUUACUCAAUUUGUAUCCAUUAGGACCUUUCUGAGAAUGGAACAUGGUCAGCUUCCCAGACUGUCUCUUGACACACCUGCCUGGGAGUGCUUCUAUUGAUUUUUCUUCAAUAAUUGAUGGUUUCUGGAAAUGGAAAGGAAGCUUAGGAGCUAGAUGUUUUCCCUCUGUUGACAGACUGAGAUAGGGUGGGUAGAAUGUAACCAGACAGAAGUUUGGAUGGUAUUCCUGGCCUGAUUUGGAGCAAUGGAAAUUCAGGGAGCAAAGAACAUGGUAUACAUGACCUCUAGUCAUGAUCAGCAAACAAAUAGCACACCACAUUGGUUUAAUAAUGCCUUUUCUUUACAACAAAGAAUUGCAAAAACAACACAUUUCCAUUCUUGUUCCUUUUGGAAACAUCUGCAAAGACGAGCCUCAGAAUUUGUGUCUUCCACAGGGCGAGGAUCAGUGGACAGUACUGACUCAGGAUUCCUAGCCAGUUGGUCAUAUCGACAAGAAUACAUUACAAACAGCCAAGAAAAAUGUCCCAAAGUGGAGACCAUGGCAUCAGAUGACCCGGAGGAUUCAAAGCUUGGCUUUGUGGCUGAGGAGAACCCAGUAGGGACGGAGUCUGUCUCCCUGGCAGUGGGAGAAGGAUUUAUCACUGAAAUUACCCUGUCCUUCUCCAUCCUGAGACGCUCCACCCUGGGUCCUAACGUCCCCCUGCAGGAGGUGGCAAGGAAGACCCUUUGGUCUUUGGAAAAUGACAGCAAGGAAGUGUUGCUGCUGUUUAAGGAGCUGUCUGCCAGGCUUGUCUCCAUCCAGGCACAAAAGGAUCUUUUUGUUAUUACCUUUAAGACUAUAGAAGAAAUCUGGAAGUUUACAACAUACCUGUCAUUAGGCUUUGUGGCCUGCAGCCUGGAGCACUUACUUUUUGAUGAGAGAUAUUGGUUGAACUCCUCUUUGGUGGAAGAUACUGAAAUUCAAGUCUCGCUGAAUCAAGAUGAACUGGCAACACUUUAUCUGGGCCUUCUUUUGCAAGAAGGCAGCUUCUAUGCCAGAACUGUAGCACAUGAUUGUGGAAACAUUGAAGGUGAUGACAUGCAAGUAGAUUUCUUGAAGGUCAAUAACAAUGAUGUGGUACAUGUAAAGGACAUCGGUGAUGAAGUGUCAUGGGAAGGACAGUCACUAAGCACUGGAGAUCGUGGCUUGUUGCCUAUUGUUGGAGUUGAGCCACUGCCACAUCCAUUCUACCAAUGGUUUCUAAAAACAUAUCCAAUGUCCUGUACCAUUUCAGAACAGAACACUCGGAAUGUGACAUCUCAGUCAAUAGGGCAAGGUCAGUGCACUGCCAGAGAGAACCAUAAAGCGGCAGGAUGGGAUGAGAUCAGCUACUGCAGAGGAGAUGCUAUUGAAGUUGUUGGGUUCUUUGUACCUGGACUGAAGUGGUUUGUGGGAAGAUGCCCUGCUAGUGGUGCCACUGGGUUUAUCCAAACAAAGCACGUUGACCCAAACUGCUUGAAAGCCCUUGAUAAGAACUUACUCUUUCUCAGUGAAGAUGAAAAGUCUUCCCUAAACUUCCUGGAUGAAGAUACUCAGCGCGGCUGCAUGGAUCUUUUAAUCAGCCUAUCCCAGACAGACAUAAGCUCUGUGUACAGGCUGGAUGGUCUUGAACCUGUGGAAAUGCAUCACAAGAUCUCCUCUGGUAUAAAUGAAGACUAUUGUAUGAUUCACAAGUCAGAAAGCUGGGAAAACUAUGAAACUAUCACUGGGUCAUCCAAAGGUAGUGCAUCCGAAAAGUCAAGCCCGGAUUCAGAGUGUAAGGGUGAAGUCGAGGGCUUCCAUAUACAUGGUCAGGAAGAUAUUGAUGACCCCAAAUUUUUUGUUGACUUGAAUGUUGGUGAUAUGGAGGACUUAGAGGUUUUUGAUCCAGUCCUAACAUUUCUCAAUAAAGAUGGAUAUGAACCCUACUUCCACCCCUUAUAUGACCUCCCCAUGUCUUUUCUCAAUUCUACAUUCUACGGGUUUUCAGAAGAGGAAGAUCUGCUGUUCUACUUGGAAACCUCUCGGAACUGGGCAAAGAGGAGUCAGAUGCCCUGGGCGCACGUUCGUUGUUGUUUCCUUCUGGGGCGAAUUUGUGCCAAAAGAAUGAAGCUCUCCCAAGCUAGGGUUUAUUUUGAAGAAGCCUUGAGUGUCAUCAGUCAGGGAUUUCUUGAUUUGCACUUAUUGGCUGCUUUAUAUGGGAACCUCUCUGCUAUCUACUUGAAACAAAAUCUGAAACACAAACAGGAGCUAUUGUUGGAGAAGGCAUCCAGCCUUCUAAUCUGCCUACCCCAACAUAAUUUUAGUUCAGAAAAUGAGCUUGAGGUGCUAAAAUUCCUUUUUAGGAAGUCUAUCAUUGUAAAUAAUUCUUCCUUUGAAGCCAGAGUUUGCUUUCUUGUAUUUCGACUUCUCCAACAACUUGGAAGAUAUGAUGAGGCCCUGCCUUUUGUGGAACGUUUGCAAUUUUUGCUCAUUACCUCAUGUCAUCAAAUGUUACAUUCUUCUGUAGGUGUAAUGCCUGUUUUAAGUUAUUUGUAUGACAAAAAAUAUCUUCCUCAUAUAGCACUGGCCUCUGCCAGACUGUGCAAGACUCUUGGUGCGAAACAGAUGCUGUCCCCUAUGUGGAGAGUUGCUGUAGUUAUUGAAAACCUUUCCAAAAUUGAUGGUUGCACUAGAAAAAUUAAUCACAUUCCUGCUCAAGCUGCUCCUUACUUGAAGUGUGCACUAUCCUGCUCCUAUGAAAGUGGAGAUGUGAAAGCUCAAAGGACUUUAUGCCUUAUUUUAUGCAAAUUGUACCUCCAGCAUGGUCUUCUGUCUGGUGCCAUUUCCUACUCAAAAAGGGCUGUUGAACUGGGUAGGUGGACUAGUGAAGAAGAGACUUUUGAAGUAUCUCUAUUUUUGGGAUGGAUGUAUAUAUUACAUGGUGACUUUGAACAAGCGUGUCAGAUUCUGACAUCUCUUCUAAAAUCAAUGCAGGAAACUGAUAGCACCACACAAUGUGGUGUUGUCCAUAACCUCCUAGCAAAUGCCCUGAAGAUGGAUAAAAAGGUACUUGAAUCAUCCAAAGGGUACUCGCAAGCACUUAAAAUGGCCACUGAAACUGGGAACAGGAGGAAUCAAGCCAUAGCCCUUGCCAACUUUGGGAGGCUGGCCAUAUUAUGCCAAUCAGUCGUUAUGGCUGAAAGAUAUUUUCUUAAGUCUUUCCAGUUGUACAUAGAAAUACAGGACAAUGAUGACGCAGAGAGAGAGCUGGUACAGGUGCUGAACUGGCUAGGACACAUGCUUGUGGAAGAAAAACAAUAUGAACGUGGCAGACUUUGCUAUGAGUUGGCACUGCUUUUUGCAUUGAAGUCUCACAACUUGAAAGGUCAGCUAAACAUCAUCGAAGAAUUGUGCAGUUUCUACAGCAAAGUGUCACCAGAAACAGGAUCCCAUAUUACCUACUGUGAACACUGGGUCCAGCUAGCUCAAAAAUUGAAAGACAGAGAUAAGGAAGGGCAGCUGCUGAGCACCUUGAGUCAACUCUAUCAGACGCUGAACACAGCCAAGUCUCUUCGUAAAGCCCUGGAUUAUACUAAGCAAAGUCUAAGGAUUUCCAUUGAUCUUGGCCAAAAUGACAAAGCAGCUGAGAGUUGGCUUCAGGCUGGAAGACUUUACUAUCUUUUGCAAGAAGAUGAGCUUGUUGAGAUUUAUCUACAUGCUUCCAUCCAGGCCUCUCUGAAGACAGAGCAGUUAAACACUACACUGUAUUUAUAUGAAGCAGCUGGUGAUGUGUUUUUUCAUGGGGUCAGGAGGAGAGAGCGAGCAUUGCCCUUUUAUAAGGAAGGUGCUCUCCCACUAGCCAAGAAACUCCAGGAUAAUGAGACCCAGUUACGACUGUAUCAUAAACUCACUCAGCUUCUUAUAAGCCAGGGAAAUUAUAAGAAGUCUCAGGAAUUUGCUACCUUGGCUGUCCGACUCAGCACUCUUGCAGAGGAUCCGUUGAAUGAGCUUGUUGCAUUCCAUCGGUUAGCCGGUGUUUACCAUUCUAUGCAGAUUUAUGAGGUUGCUGAGUACUGUUAUCUGAAGGCCCUGUCUUUGUGUUCCUCACCCAUGCAGCAUAUUGCAGAGGCCGGAUACUACUUAAAGGUUUACUGGCGACUAGCAGACAUUUCUCUGCUUAAAAGAAAGGAUCCUGAAGAUGCAGUCACAUAUCUCCUCCUGGCACUAGCAGCUGCUAUUCACGUUGGCAAUGAGGAAUUUCAGCUGAUUCUUAACAGAAAGCUUGCUGAUGUGUAUGGGAAAUUCUUGUAUGACAAGGAGCAAGCCGAGAUAUUCUUGCAGAGGACUGUGCAACUUAGCAAUAAUCAUACCUGAAGCAGUUAAAGUGAAGGUUAACUGUCAUUAAACUUCUUUUAUAAUAUUAAAAUAAAAAAUAAACCCAGGCAGCCAGUAGUAGUUCAACUUUCAAAUUGCUAUAUUGUAAAAUCUUGUGAAUUAUACUCUUUUAAUAACCCCCCUGGCCCCCUUUGUGUUCAAAUAUGUUUUUCUUUCUUUGUAAGGCAGGUGGUGCUGCUGCUAGCUGAUUGAAUCGGAUAUGCUAAGUUUAUACAACAAUAUAUUUAUUUAUUUGAAUGGUGAACUACUAACUGCUCUCAUUGAUUAAUUUAAUAUUAUAAAAUAAGUGUAAAGUGAUAGUAAAUCCUAGCAUUUGAGAAACACUAGGAUUUACCAGUGGAACAAAUAAAGGGGACUUUCAGUCAUGAAAGUUCCUUUAUUUGUUUGAAGCGUUCGUCACACUGAGCUCCUCAGGCAGCCCACGGCAGAAUGUUAUUUUGCUGUGAGGUGACGUUUCCACCUUUUAGCCAAUAGCCGUGCGGCCCAGCUGCCACCAUGCUGUAUAGCUAGCACACUAUUGGCUAAAAUCACCUCACAUCCAAAUAGUGUUCUGCCGUGGGCUGCCGGAGACGCUCAGCGCCGUUAACGCUUCAGUCAAAUAAAGGAACUUUCAGCAUGAAGUAUUUUAUACUUCAUGACUGAAAGUCCCCUUUAUAUGUUCCAAUGGUAAAUCCUAGCAUUUCAAAAACGCUAGGAUUUACUAUCACUUUAAUGACAGUUUACCAUCACUUUAGGAACACAACCUAACUUCAAGAUGCAAGUAGCCAAGUACAUGUAACCCACCUUUAAAGAUACAAGGAAUUAUGCCAUAAUGUUGGACUAUAAACUAAAGGGUGCUAUAAUGUUGUUUGUUAAAAUGACAAGGAAUUAGGCAUGCUAAAGAUUUUCAUGUGUCUGUAUGGAGUAAUGAAGUUGUUAAGGUCUUUUUUUGACUGAGCUCAGGUAUAAAGAGUUAUUAUGCUAUUAUGUCACCCUUGAUAAACAAUAUCUGGGCAAUUGGAUAUAAAUAUCUUUUACUUCAGAGAUUACAUUUUUAGAUUAAUGGACAAUUAAAGAUGGAGAUAUUGUAAUUCUAGUGCAUCAAAAGACUGAAGAAAUGUAUUGUUAAUAUGUAAUACUCUCAAUGCACUUUAUAUAAAUACACUGUAAAUACACUGUAUAUAUUGUUUUCUAUUUAUAAUGAUUAUUUAAAGUUUCACCAGCAUUAAGCUUUAAAAAAAAAGACUUUUGAUCUUCUAAAUUGCCCUAUUAUCUUCUUAGCUGAACUGUUCUUUGUAUGUCAUAUUUUCCAUGUAAUGGAAGAAUCUAGGAAAGUAUGGUCACCUAAUAAAGUUUUUGCGGAAGAGA